AAUCGGCAGUCGCCAGUCAGUCGCCACUCGCUGUUCGUCGAUGCAAGUUGUUAGUCGUUCCUCGUAAGCGUUGUUUUAUCGCACAGCCAUAGACUAAAAAUACCUACUCCUGCGCUGCGCAGGUGUGUUUAGUGAUUAAAAAGUGUGUUUAUUCAUUUUAUGACUAAUUUAGUCAGUGUUAUAGUUCCUUAAUACAAUGGAUUAUAAGUUUUUGUGUCUGUGUUGGUGUUUUAUGCUAAACAGUUUACAUUGUUUUUUAUACUUAGACCAGUUCAAAUAAAUCAUACCCACUGUGCAUUGUAUUUGCAAUUUGCAUUUAGCAUUAUCAGACUUUUUCAGCGAUCCUCACCUUCUUGGAUUUUUAUAUUAGGAUUCCGUCUUGGUCACACUUGGCACACAGAAGCUCACAUCAACUAAACCGGAAAAUGAAGCGCGUUAGUGACAAUGAUGACGAUCAGAUUUUUAGAUUAAUGGCGAAUUAUGAAAUUGAUAAGCCAAUCAAAAUCUCCUACGUUUUUGAAGAUGGUGAUUCAGAUGAAACCGAUACAGUCGAGAAUUCAAAACUACCCGAAAAUCCUGCACAACAUGCUUCUCCACAAAAUAAGAAUACUAAUUCUUCUACAGAACAUCUCAAUACGACGGUAUCAGAUCAUAACUGUUAUAGUAAUAUUAGUUUUGAUGACUUGGAAAAUGCAGAAGAAAACUAUAAUAGAAGUUUACAAAACCAGCAUACUGUUUCGUAUGCAAUGUCAAAUCCUAAAAACGAGAUUGAUAAGAUGUUGAACCAUAAUUAUUUGAAUGAUCGGACAUUCAAUGACAUCAAUAUCCAACGGAGAUCCAAUGAAAACCCCCAAUAUUUAAACUUAUUAGAUACAUUAUCAGAAAAUGUGAUUAUGAUUGCCAAAUAUUAUCACUUUUAUGAUAUACAAAAAUAUUCAAAAAACCAGGACCAAAAAAGCAAGCAAUACUAUAAAGAUCAAAAAUCAUAUUAUUACCACCAAUCUUAUAACAUUUUAGUUGCUGUAAUUUUGCCACAAGAGCACAAUCAAAUAUUUAUAAGAGAUUUUAUUAACAGAACAAUUGAAAUAGCAAAUCAAAAAUUAUGUUAUAAUAUAUAUAUUAGGUCACUAAAACAUAUAUUUCUGGAUAUGAUUCAAUGGGCUAAACAGAAAAAAAAUUAUUCGGAAGCAAGAAUCAACCGUUCCCAAUAUCCAAUGAGUAGACCACCACCACCACCGUACAGUACAUCCGUUGUUAACACAGGACAACUAAUGAAUAUGCAAGCAUCAGCGUCACUUGGAUCAUCAAUACCAACAUCACCCUCAGCUUGUUAUAACUCCAACGACGCACGACAGCAAAUAUAUGGACCACCUGUUUCACAUGUGCCACUCAACGUACCCGUACAACCACCAUUAUACAGUACCUGUAAUACCAAUACACGACAGGCAAUUAUGAGACCACCUCCAAUUUCAAUCCCACCUUCUGUACCAACCUUACUUCAAGCAUCAAAUAUUUUUUCUAAUGCGAACAUACAACAACCAAAGAAUACGCCGCCAUCAGUUUCACUCGUACGGUCGGACCAAACAGUAACACAACAAUCAUCAUUCAGUAACUCCAACAGUAACACACGACAGCCUGGGGGAAUACCACCACCAGGUUCCCUCAUGCCAUCUGUUCUGCCUGAAAUUCAACCAUCAUAUUAUACUGUUUCCAAUACUGACACAAGACAGCCAAUGACUAGUGCAUCAGUUCGCGGACUUCUCGUGUCAUCAGCAUCAAACAAUAUUACCAAUUCUAACAGUAAUCAGAGAACUCCUGCAGAUCAUGACAGCACUGUGUGUCUAUUUUCAACUGGUCCGCCUGGUGGCGAACUCAGUAUAAGCAUCGAUGCAGCAAUUGCAAAAAUAAUUAAUGAUGUUAAGUCAAGUAACAAAACUCGUAAAGCAUUGAGCAGUCGACCGAGCAAAAAAAGACGCAAGACAAAUGACAUUGAAAGUCCAACUUUAUUGUCUACAAGCAGUACAUUAAUUUCACCUGUGCAAAAUCAGCCCCAGGAAAAUAAUUACAACUGCCCCAGUCGAAAUCAACCUCCAGUUACAUCAAAUGCAGGAAGUGUUAAUACAACAAUGGAACCAGCGAUUUAUACUAACCAAUUUUGUCCUGGAGAAAAGCAAAAUCAUAAAGAUUUUGACAAUAAUGAAAGUCAUCCACCAUUAUUAUCUAGAUCUGAGUCAAGAGACAGUGGUUUUUGGAGUCCUAUUUUAUUAAGCACAGCUACCAACGAUUAUAAUAAUAUGGUCUACCCGCACAGUACAGAUAAUCAAGAGAUUACGUUAAAAAUAACUCAUGUAACUUCCAUGAAUCCUGACGCAGCAUUUUUCACAAGUGCAACGUGUAAAGUUUGCGGUACGAACACAAGAUAUAAGUGCAUCGCAUGUUUCAACGUAUAUUAUUGCGGAUUUCAGUGUCAGACGGUAGACUGGCCACUUCACAAGUAUGAUUGUAAAGCAAGUUAAAAAAUGUUUGAGAACAUGUUUUACUGCAAUCAAGAAAAAAAAAAGCCAAAUCGGGAAGAAAACCCCCUAUUCCAUUUUGAACCUGAUUAAAUAUUAAAUAAAAAGCGAUGAUUUACUACCUUAUUUGGUAACUUAAUUAUGUGAAUAAAAGUUUUAUAUUUUUUUAUUAAUUAUGA